UUGCAUUGCCAACACUCGAAUUCUCUUCCCGUAAUUUAUCUCCGUCGACCACCGUGCCGCAACCCUAAAAUACGGUUACCAACCAAAACCGUCGUCAUCUUCUGCGACUGCUUUUUGUAGAUUGGAUUAAAUCGAUCAAAUGGCGUUAACGAACCUCAUACUAACCGUGGCAGGAGUGAGCGCAGUGAUUCUACUGAUGAGGAGCGAUGUGAGGCAGUCGGCUUCCAUGCUCAAACGCAACGUUCGUCAUAUUCGCCACUGGCUCGAAGAAGAAUCUGCAUCCGCUGCUAAGGAAAUAGAGAAGGCAAAACCCAAGGAGCUGCCAAAGAAAGAUCUUCCCAAGGACAAUUAAGCGGAGGUACAACACUGAUGGCUAGGGUUAAAAUAACAAAACAUCCAAUGUGAUCCCCUCAAGAACAUGUUAAUUCGUACGUAAAAAUCCCUAGUCUGGCUUGUUUUCUUUAGCACAUACGUAUCUUUUUGGGCAUAUAAUGGUUUUCUUAUAAGUAAAAAAAUUAAAAUUUCAU